UAAAAUAACGAGAAAGGGUUUAUUGGUAUGAUGUCACCUUCUAGUUCCACUACCUUUCCACGGUUGUUCAGCCGUGAAGCUAUCAUUCAACCACCGUUAACCGUCGUCUAACCUAAAAAUUCAUCUUCUCAUGAUCACCACUGCUGCCACUAAACUCGUCUUAUCACGCGUUUGAACCUGCGAUUCAACAAGCAUAAACAACAACACAAUGGCAAUAAUAAUUAGAAGACCGUUGUUGAUCGGCGUUUUAAUCGUCAUGGCUCUCGGAAUCUCCGUCUACUUGAGGCUCUGGACCAUCGAUUACCAGAUUUCAUCCACUGAAACUGAAUUACUGAGAAGGCAGUUUGAUCUUGCAAAUAGAGAAGCGGUUGAUGAGUCUGCGGAAUGGAGACUUAGAUUUGAUGAAGCGGAAGAACGCGCAAACACAUGUGCGAACGAGUUAAAAAGCCAGGUUAAGGCGAAUCUUGGGGAUAAUAGUAUGACCAAAAGGCUAGAUAUGUUGCAGAAGGAGAAUAUGAACUUGCUGGAAAGGGUUGAGACCUUAAAACAAGAGCUUGAAGCUGAGAAGUUGAAAUGCAGUACGCAGAAGUUGUAAUCAUGUUGGCUCUUUGACCACUGAUGAGAGUGUUUGGAGCUUUGACGAAAGAUAUUCAAGUGAUUGAUUCUUAUGACCUUUGCAUCCUUCAUCUUGAUCUUCUCGUGUAUUGUUGUGUUAUUUGGACUUGUUGCGUGUUGAGAUUUUGUUUGAUUAGGGAUCUAAAUAGAAAGAUAUUGUAUUUAACUGAAAUAUAGUGUAUCCGGAAAAGGAAAUUAUUUUUUCACAGAAGACAAAAGUUUGUGUUAUAUUCAGUUUUGACUUUACAGCCAUACAGAAUUUGACAUCAAGGGGAUCACUGAUGAUGGUUGCUUUUAUGUCAUCGUGAUGGCGAUGAUCAAAAGUUGAAGAAUUGACGGUGAAGGUGAACUUGCAGAGGCGGAAGGGCGAGUCCAACUGGCAUCACAUGCAUGCGUUGCACGUCUCUCAUCCUCUUUGACGCGGUGUUAGCCAUAUUAGCCUUGUUAAGAUACAGUGAUGGGACGAUGGAACUGUGAGCAUGUAAAGACAAUACUUUUACGAUAGAAGAUUGAAUUUAGGGUAAAGGCAACCUAAUCUGUAAUUUCUAAGUGUUUGUU